AUGCUCUCGACGAAUACCAACCGCGUUGCGCCGUCGGAUAACAACCGGCUCCACUUGAGUGAGAGGAAUCCCUCACAGCAACCCUUCGAUACAAUCAGCCGGACCUCAAUAACCACACCCGGUGGGGAGAGGCAAAAGAUGAAAACGGCUUUAGAGAAGGCUACAAACUCCAAUAGUAACAGGCGUGAUAUGGUAAAGAUGUUGGCUGUUAUAAUUAUCCCCCUCUUGGCACUGACGGUCAUGUCGACCCUAUCGCUGAUAAACACCAUCUCCAAACUACAAGACUCCGAGAAAACGCUCGAUGCGAUCUACACGAGUGUUCAGACAGGUGAGGUCAUCCAGGCCCUACAGGUCGAGAGGGGCCUGACGGCAACCUACGUGAGUUUUAACGGGACCGAUGUUAGCUUGGUGAGAAAACUGACGGAGAGCAGAUUGACGACGAACAUAAAAAUCGACAAUUUAGAAACAUACAGACCGUUAAACGUCUCCGGCGUAUACUACAGGACCAAGAAGGACCUCAUCGAUUUCAUAGAGGAGUUCAGGAAUACUGUUGAUGACAAGAGAGGUAGCUUAAACACCGCACAAACCAUUAGAUUUUAUACGGAGAUUAACCAAGAGUUUCUAAAGCAAGCUUUGACGCAGAGCACCAACCUUAAAGAAGGAACAAUAUGGCCCCGGAUCGUCUCUAAAGACGGUCUGCUACAGCUCUCUGAUCUGUACGGGAUUCAGCGUGCACUGGGCAGCAGUUUCUUCGCUGGAUGCUCCUUAGAUGAUGACAACAUGGAGUGGUUCCGGAACAUAGUAACAAGCAGCGACUCUUAUAAAGUGACAACAUUUUCAUACUCCCAGUUCGCUGCGGUCGAAUUCGCGGUAGAGGAACGGAACUCCUACCCAUCCGGUAUCCACAUUGCAGAAAUGAGCGAUGAAAUCAAAGACGGAGCUGAUCCUUGUGUGACUCACGGGAAAGCAGUAGCCUCAAAAAUGUCCCAAUACUGGUUCGACAACAUGACCAGCUAUAUUAAGAUCAUCUCCGACGUUCACGAUAAGGAAGUCUCCUUCAUCCGUAACACUAUCGACGCGAUUAUUUCCUUCGCACUCCGGGAUGUGAUCCUCAACAUCACCGUGCUGGUGCUGACCGUCUCCGUCUCGCUGUCUCUGGGUAUCUUCCAGCUCGUCCAAGCCAAGCGUCUCAUCGGGACGAUCGGUAAGUACGCCAGGGGGCUUAACCAGAAGACAAAGGAGCUGGCCGACGAGAAACGCACCACGGAGAAAAUUCUCUAUCAGAUGAUGCCCCGCAGCGUGGCCGAGCAGCUCAAACAGAAGAAGUCUUUCAUCGCGGAGGAGUUCGAUGAGGUGACUAUUUAUUUCAGCGAUAUCGUGGAGUUCACCACUCUGGCUGCACAGAGCACACCGAUGCAAGUCGUGGAGUUACUCAAUGACCUAUACAGUACCUUCGACAAUUGUAUCGACAUGUAUGAUGUGUACAAGGUGGAGACGAUAGGUGAUGCUUACAUGGUGGUGUCGGGUGCCCCUCAGCCCACGGACUGCCACGCAUGGGAGAUUGCUUGCAUGGCUCUCGAUCUACUCAAAGAAUGUCAGUCGUUCCGUAUUCCUCACAUAGCGACGGAGAAGUUAAGUCUGCGGGUUGGAUUACACACAGGUCCAUGCGUUGCAGGGGUAGUGGGGACUAAGAUGCCGAGGUAUUGUCUCUUCGGGGACACCGUAAAUACCGCCUCCAGAAUGGAGUCUUCUGGAAAAGAGUAUUGUCUCGGCAAUUCAAAGUUUGCCAAACUCCAUCGCUACAAAAGUUAA